CACCCAGGGCACAUGGCACAGGUUGGCUUCAAUUCAGGUCCGCGCAAUGCAAAGGUUUGGGGCCGUGCCAAAAGUUACGUGAAGAAACUGCCUCAGGACAUUAUGGUGCUACGUGACGAAGAUAUCCUGGCCGCCAUGAGCCUGUUAUGGCGUGCUGCAUGCAUAGUGAUGCCAGACGACAUUAUCGGUCCUAUCAGCUCAAAACUUGCUCAAGAAUGUCUUCCAAGCAUGACCACGAGAAACGUCACCGAAGUCACAGGAUGGUCCAUUGAGGAUGAUGCUGGUGUUGUGUAUCAAUUUCCGGAAGCACGCUUCAUCCCUCCCGAAGGAUACCUUACUCAGGACUAUGUGGCGUAA